AUGGCCGAGGACGCUCAUCCGACCUAUCUAUCGCCCAGCGAGCUGGGUACGAAGGACUACUGGGAAACCUACUACGCCCGCACCCUCGCGCACAUCUCGCACGCCGACACGACACCCGCAGAACCCGACCUCGCCGACUCCGACGCAGACUCCGACCUCAAUGAGGAGGAUGACCCCGGCACAUCAUGGUUCUCAGAGCACAACGCCCCGGAGAAAGUCCUGCGCUUCCUCACGCGGAAGACGUUCCCGCUCUCGCCGCGGAAUACCCGCCAGCGCGACGGGCAGCCGCGGAUUUUGGAUCUGGGGACUGGGAAUGGGAGUAUGCUUGCGCUGUUAAGGAAGAGGGGCCGUUUUGCGGGGAGCAUGGUUGGAGUGGAUUACUCGGCGCAGAGCGUGGAGUUGGCGCGGGAGUUGCAGAGGUCCCGUGGGCAUUCUGCGUAUCGGACGGACUCUGAGGAAGAAGAAGAAGAAGAGGAAGAGGAAGAGGAAGAGGAGGAGGAUGAGGAGGAGUCUGGUGCUGGUGCGACUGGGGUAGAUCCUGUUCCCAGCGCAGAGCCCAUUCGCUUUGAAGAGUGGGAUAUCCUCGGCUCGAAAGCCGUGCUUUCCGAGUCCGGCAUGAGCAGCGCGCCCGCGAGCACGGACGAGGCGCUCCCCUGGUUCCCGUAUGCGGACGGAGGCUUUGAUAUCGUUCUGGACAAGGGGACGUUCGAUGCUGUGUCGCUGGCGGACGAUGCGAAAGCGACGCGGGUCUGUAAGCGGUAUCCAGACAUUGCGCGGCGGUUGGUGCGGCGAGGUGGGUUCUUGAUUGUGACCAGUUGCAAUUGGACGGAGGAGGAGCUUGUUAAGUGGUUUGUGGGCGAGGAGGGGACGGAUCGGUUGGUUGUUUGGGGACGUGUUGAGUAUCCGCGGUUUCGGUUUGGGGGGCAGGAAGGGCAGGGGGUGUGUACGGUGUGCUUCCAGCGGGUUGGGGAGGUGUAA